AUUAGUGAAGCGGCAAAAGAACUACAAUAUGAUGUCUUCUGUGGGAGGCUGUAAUGCUUUGUUUUGAGCUUUGCACAUGCUUGUACCUGUAUAUUGGGUCAUCAAGCGAAGCGAGGCGAGGCUGAAUGAUGAACCUCAGGCUCGGAACAAUAUUUCAUCGACAUCAUCAGCCUUCCCUCAUCAAUCCCACCUCAUCCAAAACUCAAUUUUACCUCAUCGAGACCUGUAAUCGAUCUAUCGAAAUGGGUUCUUCGGCAUCUAAAGCUUCGAAAGCCGCUUCGAAACUUCCGUCGGCAGCAACAAAUGCAGCGCGCAAAUACCCAACUCGGACACCUCCUACGUCGACGACUUCGAAUGUACAGACGAGAAGACCGGGAGCUGCGCCGGAGGGGAGCUUAGGAGGCAUUACACAGGCGGAUUUAGAGAGAAGGAGGCAGGAUGAGGCAGUCAACACCUCUACUUUAGACCCAGACGCAGACUUAAAGCCAGACCCCGCCCUCAACGCCCGCCUCAAAACCCUCGGCCCUGUCCAACCAAACCCCACGCACUCCCCCUCCUCAACCUUCCACUCCCACUCGCAAACCACAUCCUCAUUCGCAGACCCCACCCUUUCAGCCACUCAAUUCCAACCUUCCGCUUCGAACCCCCUACAGACUAUCUUCCCAAGCAGUUCUCCCUCACAUCAAACCUCAAGUUCCGGAAAUGCAGGAGCGAAUAUCUCAGGUCCCAGCUCGAAUCCAGCAGUUUCGCUCUUAACUGCGAGGUAUAGACUUGCGGGCGAGGCGGAGAAUGAGUUUGCUAGGACGGGGAAGAGUAGCGCUGCUGAGGGGAGGCAGUUCUUGGAUGUGCUUACGUUGAGGCAGAUACUGGUGUUGAGGGAUGAGAAGGGGGUCGAGGCGGGGGAGAUUGAGAGGAGUUUGGGGUUGAAGAGGGGUGUGGUUGGGAGGUUAGGGAGGAAGGGUGUUGUUGGUGUGGGGACGUAGUUUUGGAUUUCAUGUAGGAAGGGUUUGGAAGGAGGGAAGUCCGAUGAGGGAAUGUAAAUAAUGCUGCAAGCGAAGGGAGAGUUGUUGAGUCAGGGAACUUGUAAGAUAUGACACGGCACACAAUAAGAGCACGAAUCUAU